AUGCACGGUCUCGCUUCGCUCCUUGUGUGUCUGGCCAGUCAGCUUGGUGCGGUAGCUGCUGCCUCACUGACCGACGUUUGCACAGUCGGCUACUGUACUCUAGGUGCCGGUACUUCCGGAGGUCAAGGCGGACCCACCGUCAUCGUAUCAACGCUCGAAGCUUUAGAGAAUGCUGUCACAGGAAACGAUCCUCGCAUUGUAGUGGUUUCUGGUACCAUCUCGGGUGCGAAGAGGGUGUACGUCGGGAGCAACAAGUCGAUCAUAGGCCGCUCUGGCAAAAUCAUUGGUAUUGGCCUUUCGAUUGUUAACGCAACCAACGUUAUCAUCAGAAAUACGAUCCACCAGAAAGUGCCAUCGACUUUCGAGGAUGCGAUUACAAUCUUCCGCUCUACAAAUGUGUGGGUGGACCACGUAGACCUGAGUGCCGACAGAGAUCAUGACAAGGACUUUUACGAUGGACUUGUCGAUGUGACCCGAGCUUCGGACUUUGUCACCAUCUCCAACAGCUAUUUGCAUGACCAUUGGAAAGGCUCUCUAGUCGGCCACUCCGACAACAACCAAGCCGAGGAUGGCGGCCAUCUGCGGGUAACAUACGCUAACAACCACUUCUUCAACAUCGCCAGCCGUGGACCCAUGUUCCGCAUUGGUACAGGUCAUAUCUUCAACAACUACUGGAACCAAAUGGACGAUGCCGUCCGAACGCGUGCUGGUGCUCAAUUGCUCAUCGAGUCUAGCGUCUUUGAGAACACGAACGAUUGUAUCUUUGCGAAAAACGGGUACGCUGUUGUGAGGGAUGUUGAUCUAGGCAUUGGCACAAACGAGGCGCCGGUUGGUACGCUCGCGAGCGUGCCAUACACGUACACGCUGCUGGGAUCUGCGAAGGUCAAGGCGGCGGUUGUGGGCGUUGCGGGCGCGACGUUGGCAUUGUGA